UUAGUCGUAUUUAUCCGACCGAUGGCAGGUUUCAAAUUCAUGGAGAAAGCGCGAUUUGUCGAGAAAUCCAUCUCGUUAUCAGAUGAUGUCGAUGCGGUAUCGGUGAUGCCAGCGUACCGCUUGAGUCGUUCACAGAACAACGAUUUUGGACGAAACUUCAGAUGGAACAUCGAAAUACUGGAUGUGAAGAUGAUUGGAGUCGAAAGUACUGAAAAUUAG